CGAACUGGCAAGGCCAUCACGUUCUUACAAGUUCUGAUAUUCAACAUUUCCAAUCUCCUGCCGCCCCAUCCCUGUGUCUCUCUCUCUCUGUCGAUCGCUGCUUCAGAUCUCGCAGCGAUCAAUCCUCGAUUUGGCUGGUGAAUCAUCGCUCAAAACCCUUCUUGCAGGGGGUUUCGAUCUUUUCUACCGAUCGAUAAUAAGCUUUUGAGCUAUCGAUCUCGCAAUCAUGGCUGCUGCAAAUGCUCCUAUCACCAUGAAAGAAGUUCUGACGUUGCCUAGCAUUGGAAUUAAUCCGCAAUUCAUCACGUUUACGCAUGUGACGAUGGAAUCAGAUAAGUAUAUAUGUGUUAGGGAAACAGCUCCACAGAACAGUGUGGUCAUCGUCGAUAUGAGCAUGCCCAUGCAGCCGUUGAGAAGGCCCAUUACCGCAGACUCAGCUUUGAUGAACCCCAAUUCUAGGAUUCUUGCGCUGAAAGCUCAACUUCCUGGAACAACUCAAGAUCACCUUCAAAUAUUCAAUAUUGAAAUGAAAGCAAAGUUGAAAUCUCAUCAAAUGCCUGAGCAGGUUGUCUUUUGGAAGUGGAUUACUCCGAAGAUGCUGGGCAUGGUCACACAGACCUCAGUAUUUCACUGGUCUAUUGAAGGUGAUUCUGAGCCUGUAAAGAUGUUUGAGCGAACAGCUAAUCUCGCAAAUAAUCAAAUAAUCAACUACCGCUGUGAUCCCUCUGAGAAGUGGUUGGUUUUGAUAGGAAUUGCUCCUGGUGCAGCUGAGAGACCACAAUUAGUCAAAGGAAAUAUGCAGCUUUUUUCUGUGGACCAGCAACGUAGUCAGGCUCUUGAAGCUCAUGCUGCAUCUUUUGCUUCAUUUAAAGUCGCUGGGAAUGAAAAUCCUUCAACUCUUAUUUGUUUUGCCUCAAAGACUACCAAUGCUGGACAGAUUACCUCCAAGUUACAUGUCAUUGAACUUGGUGCGCAGCCAGGAAAACCUGCAUUUACCAAGAAACAGGCAGAUCUAUUCUUUCCCCCAGACUUUGCUGACGACUUUCCCGUGUCAAUGCAGAUAUCCCACAAGCACAGUUUGAUAUAUGUCAUCACAAAGCUUGGACUUUUAUUUGUUUAUGACCUGGAAUCAGCUGCUGCAGUUUAUAGAAAUCGAAUUAGUCCAGAUCCCAUAUUUUUGACAGCAGAAGCAUCGUCAAUUGGUGGGUUUUAUGCCAUUAAUAGGCGGGGCCAGGUGUUACUUGCCACUGUAAAUGAAGCAACUAUUGUGCCUUUUGUUAGUGGCCAGUUAAACAAUCUGGAGCUUGCUGUCAACCUAGCCAAAAGGGGGAACCUUCCUGGUGCAGAAAACCUGGUUGUCCAACGAUUCCAAGAAUUGUUUGCCCAGACAAAGUAUAAGGAGGCUGCAGAGCUUGCUGCGGAAUCGCCCCAGGGAAUCCUUCGUACUCCUGACACUGUGGCUAAGUUUCAGAGCGUUCCUGUGCAAGCUGGGCAGACACCACCAUUAUUGCAGUACUUUGGAACUCUUUUAACUAGAGGAAAGCUGAAUGCUUUUGAGUCGUUGGAGUUGUCACGCCUUGUUGUAAACCAGAAUAAAAAGAAUCUUUUGGAGAACUGGUUAGCAGAGGACAAGCUUGAAUGUAGCGAGGAACUUGGCGAUCUUGUUAAGACGGUUGAUAAUGACCUUGCGCUGAAAAUAUAUAUCAAAGCUAGGGCAACUCCAAAAGUUGUUGCAGCAUUUGCUGAAAGGAGGGAGUUCGACAAAAUUUUAAUAUACUCGAAGCAGGUUGGAUAUACACCUGAUUAUUUGUUCCUGCUGCAAACAAUUUUGCGGUCAGAUCCGCAGGGGGCUGUUAAUUUUGCUUUGAUGAUGUCUCAAAUGGAGGGAGGUUGCCCAGUUGACUACAACACAAUUACAGAUCUAUUCCUUCAGAGAAACCUGAUUCGGGAGGCUACUGCUUUUUUGUUGGAUGUGCUGAAGCCAAAUUUACCUGAACAUGCAUACCUUCAAACGAAGGUUUUGGAAAUCAAUCUGGUAACAUUUCCAAAUGUGGCAGAUGCUAUAUUAGCCAAUGGUAUGUUUAGUCACUAUGACCGUCCUCGAAUUGCACAACUCUGCGAAAAAGCUGGUCUGUACGUGCGAGCUCUGCAGCAUUAUACUGAAUUGCCUGAUAUUAAACGUGUCAUUGUGAACACACAUGCCAUUGAGCCACAGUCUCUUGUUGAGUUCUUUGGAACCCUUUCCAGAGAGUGGGCUCUCGAGUGUAUGAAAGACCUUCUACUGGUCAACCUUAGGGGCAAUCUUCAGAUAAUUGUGCAGACUGCCAAAGAAUAUUCUGAGCAGUUGGGUGUUGAGGCAUGCAUUAAAAUUUUUGAGCAAUUCAAGUCGUAUGAAGGACUAUACUUUUUCCUUGGGUCAUAUUUGAGCUCCAGUGAGGACCCUGAUAUCCACUUCAAGUACAUUGAGGCUGCUGCCAAAACUGGACAAAUCAAGGAGGUGGAACGUGUGACUCGUGAAUCCAAUUUUUAUGACCCUGAAAAGACUAAGAACUUUCUAAUGGAGGCCAAGCUUCCAGAUGCACGCCCUCUGAUCAAUGUUUGUGACCGUUUUGGUUUUGUUCCGGACCUAACUCACUACCUAUAUACAAACAACAUGCUUCGAUAUAUUGAAGGUUAUGUUCAAAAGGUCAAUCCUGGAAAUGCUCCUCUAGUUGUUGGGCAGCUGCUAGAUGAUGAGUGCCCUGAGGAUUUUAUUAAAGGUCUUAUUCUUUCAGUUCGUUCUCUUCUUCCAGUGGAGCCCCUUUGCGAGGAAUGUGAAAAGAGGAAUCGUCUCCGUUUGCUCACCCAGUUCUUGGAGCAUCUUGUGAGUGAGGGAAGCCAAGAUGUACAUGUCCACAAUGCUUUGGGCAAAAUUAUCAUAGACAGCAACAACAAUCCAGAGCAUUUUCUCACCACCAACCCAUACUAUGAUUCACGUGUUGUGGGUAAAUAUUGUGAGAAGCGGGAUCCUACCCUUGCAGUUGUUGCAUACCGUAGAGGACAGUGUGAUGAUGAACUUAUCAAUGUCACGAAUAAAAACUCCUUGUUCAAACUGCAAGCCAGGUAUGUGGUGGAGAGGAUGGAUUCUGACCUCUGGGAGAAAGGUCUUAGUCCUGAUAAUGAGUAUAGAAGGCAGCUAAUUGAUCAAGUUGUGUCGACUGCUUUGCCUGAAAGCAAGAGUCCAGAGCAAGUUUCAGCUGCAGUUAAAGCUUUUAUGACUGCUGAUCUUCCACAUGAGCUGAUUGAGCUUCUUGAAAAAAUUGUGCUUCAAAAUUCUGCUUUUAGUGGGAACUUCAAUUUGCAAAAUCUGCUGAUCCUAACUGCCAUCAAAGCUGAUCCAUCAAGAGUUAUGGAUUACAUUAAUAGGUUAGACAACUUUGAUGGACCUGCAGUUGGGGAGGUGGCUGUGGAAGCACAAUUGUAUGAAGAAGCAUUUGCCAUUUUCAAAAAGUUCAAUUUGAAUGUUCAGGCUGUGAAUGUCCUGUUGGAUAAUAUUCGGAGCAUUGAAAGAGCUGUUGAAUUUGCAUUCCGCGUUGAGGAAGAUGCUGUCUGGAGUCAAGUUGCCAAGGCCCAACUCAGAGAGGGGCUUGUGGCUGAUGCAAUUGAGUCAUUUAUCCGUGCAGAUGAUGCCACCCAGUUCUUAGAUGUCAUUCGGGCUGCUGAGGAUGCAAAUGUGUAUCAUGACUUGGUGAGGUACCUUCUAAUGGUUCGGCAGAAGGCCAAAGAACCGAAGGUGGACAGCGAACUCAUUUAUGCCUAUGCUAAGAUUGAUAGGCUGGGUGAUAUUGAAGAGUUCAUUCUCAUGCCGAAUGUUGCUAAUCUCCAAAAUGUUGGGGAUCGCUUGUAUGAUGAAGCCCUAUACGAGGCAGCAAAGAUCAUAUUUGCAUUUAUAUCUAACUGGGCUAAGCUGGCUUGUACGCUUGUAAAGCUACAACAGUUCCAAGGUGCCGUUGAUGCAGCUAGGAAAGCAAAUAGCUCAAAAACAUGGAAGGAAGUUUGCUUUGCUUGUGUUGAUGCUGAGGAAUUUCGCUUGGCUCAGAUAUGUGGGCUCAACAUCAUCAUACAGGUGGAUGAUUUGGAAGAAGUCAGUGACUAUUACCAGAACAGGGGCUGCUUUAAUGAGCUCAUAUCUCUUAUGGAGAGUGGUCUAGGGUUGGAACGAGCACAUAUGGGGAUUUUUACCGAGUUGGGGGUUCUAUAUGCAAGAUACCGUCCUGAGAAGCUUAUGGAGCACAUUAAACUGUUCUCAACCCGCCUCAACAUUCCCAAGCUCAUACGUGCUUGUGAUGAACAACAACACUGGAUGGAGUUGACUUACCUGUACAUCCAAUAUGAUGAAUUUGACAAUGCUGCAACCACUGUCAUGAACCAUUCUCCUGAAGCAUGGGACCACAUGCAGUUCAAAGAUAUUGUGGUAAAAGUAGCAAAUGUGGAACUGUACUACAAGGCUGUGCACUUCUACUUGCAAGAACAUCCUGAUCUUAUUAAUGAUCUCCUUAACGUGCUCGCCCUUCGUGUGGACCAUACUCGCGUCGUGGACAUAAUGCGAAAGGCUGGUCACCUACAUCUUGUGAAGCCAUACAUGGUUGCUGUUCAGAGCAACAAUGUCUCUGCAGUUAAUGAAGCUUUGAAUGAGAUUUAUGUAGAGGAGGAGGAUUAUGACAGGCUUCGUGAAUCAAUAGAUUUGCAUGAUAAUUUUGAUCAAAUAGGUCUUGCACAGAAGGUUGAGAAGCACGAGCUUCUUGAGAUGAGGCGCAUUGCUGCUUAUAUCUAUAAGAAGGCUGGCAGAUGGAAGCAAUCCAUUGCUUUGUCAAAGAAAGACAAUCUGUAUAAAGAUGCGAUGGAGACAUGCUCGCAGUCUGGUGACCGUGAACUAUCAGAAGAGUUGCUUGUUUAUUUCAUUGAGCAGGGAAAGAAAGAGUGUUUCGCAUCAUGCCUCUUUGUUUGUUAUGAUUUGAUUCGGCCUGAUGUUGCUCUUGAGCUUGCGUGGAUGAACAAUAUGAUUGACUUCGCCUUCCCAUACCUCUUGCAGUUUAUUCGUGAAUACACAAGCAAGGUAGAUGAACUUGUCAAGGGCAAACUUGAAGCUCUUAAUGAGGUAAAAGCUAAGGAGAAAGAGGAGAAGGACCAAGUUGCACAGCAGAAUAUGUACGCUCAAUUGCUGCCGCUGGCUUUGCCUGCGCCACCCAUGCCAGGUAUGGGCGGAGGUGGAGGUUUUGCUCCCCCACCACCAAUGGGUGGGAUGGGAAUGCCUCCAAUGCCACCAUUCGGCAUGCCACCGAUGGGCUCCUACUAGUUCCUGCAUCAACGAGGAUACACAUGAACUGUGGAACAUCAGCAGCCUGCUUUUCGAUGCCGUCAGCCCAGCCCGAAACUCUUGAAAUGUCCAUGUUGUUCUGGUAGUCGGAUUCAUUUUUUGCUCCUGUCUGGAGGGUUUUAGUGUAGCAAAUCGCCCCCACCCGUGCCUGGUUGAGGCACAUGCCCCUUCUUUGUUGUAGAGUUGUGGAUAUUUCUCCAAAUACAUAAAUUUUCGGUAGCAGACGCAUUUCCCCUAACACCCCCUCCCACAAGACAAUUUCUAUGCUGGCUGAGUAGUCAGCCUAGAUCACAAAAAGGAGUGGGGGUGUUAAAUGUUCCAUACUGGAAGGCUUGACUAAAAAUUUGCCAAUUGUAGUAGUUUUGUUUUUGGGUUUUUUCCAUUUUUGACCAGAUUGACACAUGUAUAGGUCGCUGUAGUUCUGUUUUGUGGAGACAAAUUUUGUUUCAUCCAUGGGUUAUGGGUAUAAUAGCGUCUCUUUUGUUGUGGUCA